CUCCUCCGCACCCCCGGAACAGUGCCCGCACGACGGUGGAUCUCUGGGACAAAAGCCAGGAUGGAUAUUCAAACAUGGUAUUUGAGAACUUCAAAAGUGGCUCUGGCCUUGGCAAUUAUCCGCUCCAAACCAGCAGAAAAAAGCAGCAGAGAAUAUGCAGAGCAUCUGGCCACGUUAGUGUCUGAGCGGGAGUCCAAAUGGAGAUCAAAAGUGGAAGCUUUGGAAGCAGAAGUUCUACAAUUACGUCAAAAACUUCUUCUGAGUACGAUUUGUUCAGGAUUGUUUAAGGAUGGAAAGCUGCUGUCUCAGGAACCUAUAAGUGCUGAAAGUACAUUGACUCUGAUGGAUGAUUCUGGGUGUGAUUUGUCAAAUGAACAAAGAACCGAACCUUCAGAGCCGGCCUUGAAUUCUACAGAGAGUUGCACCACUCUUCCCUUUUUACCACUGCCUCUUGUGAAAAGACCUCAUGCUAGCCCAGAAAAUUCUCUUUCUUCUCACAUGCAAUUCUUGCAACAUCUGCUUGAACUGAAGAAAUUCAUGGAAUCAGGUACCCUGAAAACAGACUUAAUUCAUCUUGAAAAAGAUACUUCCACCAUCUCUGAUUCUGUGUUGCAGUUGCUGGAUGGCCUGAUCACUUUUUACCGUAAUCCCAGACUUCCUUUUUCAAACUUUUGGACGGAAGCUGUUGGUACUUUAGCUCAACUGGCAAGUGAUUGCAAUUUAUCUAAUCAUAUUCUUAAAAAGUGUUACAAGAAGUUGGAAGAAUUCAAGAGAACCCUACUACAGGCUAUUUUAGAGAACAGCGAUAUAAACCGGUUUCAGGUACAACAUUAUAUCUCUAGGAGUCUGGUCACCCUAGGAAGUUGCAGCUUGUUCAGAAAAUCUAUCAUACCUCUACUUCUAUCAGAAAUAAACAGCUUUACUGAUGAUCUUGAAGCCAUCAAUCAGGUACACAUAAUUAAAAACUGUAGCUCUCAUUUAUAUUUAUAGUUGAUGUUAGUUAAUGUAAUUAUAUGCUUUCUUUUUUUCUUUGUGCUCCAAUUUCUUCCUUCCCCGCUGAUGUUUUAGUCAUUGUCUUAAUUCUAG